AUGCUCUUCCAAAAGAUCACUUUCGUAUUGGCUGCUGCUGCUUCCGCGGUAUGCGCUUCUCCAGCCGCUUCCCCAGCCGAACCCACCGGUCUCGGUCUCCUGGAACGCGCAGGUCUCAGCAAAGACUGCACUUCCGUCGUGAAGAACAUCUCACCAAUCCUGACAUCAACCCCCACGGCCCCCUACUCCCUCAUCAACUACAUUGCCUCGCAGACGCAAUGGACCACCCUCCCGAGCUGCGAGGUCCCCUGGGUCACGGACAGCAUGUCGAGCCAGUUCACCUCCUACAUGUCCGCCCGGUCCAGCUGGCAGGCCGAGCACAAGAGCGAGAUCAAGAAGUUCGUCUCCGCCUGCGCCGACGACCUGAUCGAGCUCGGCGAGGAUGCCGGUGUUGACCUUUCCGCCGUCACGCAGACUUGCGACGAGUACCUGUGGGCGACCUCGACUGCUCGCCCUACCUCCAGCAACAGCAACAACAACAGCGGCGACAAGGACAGUGACAAGGGCGCUGCUGCCCAUCUGUCGAUCUCCAUCAUUGGUGCGGCUCUGGCUGCUGGUAUUAUGGCUGUCGGCCUAUUAUAA